AUGCGACCUCUGGUCGCACGGGUGACGUUCUACUACAGCAUCUUCCUCGACGCCGUCGCCAAUUCGGUCGCAGGUUUGUUGGAGGCGAACAUCUUCACGGAAGAUGAGUCCCCGGCCUCUAGCUCACACCGAUCCAACCGAACAGCCGAGCGGAAUAGAAGGUCAGGGCUUCGCCGGAGGAGGUACCACGUGCUGCUAGAGGACCUGGAAGGCAUGGGGGAGGACGAGUUCAGAAACUUGUUCCGCAUUAACCGCGCCAUCCUAGAUUACAUUGUAGUCGGGAUGGCAAUCUACAUGCAGCCGUACGUGGACAGAUAUCUCAUCAGCCACGAAGUGGCAUGCCUGGUCGCUAUCAAAUACCUGGCCACCGGCAUGUCGUUCGUGGACUUGUCUUCCGUCUUCGGCCUCUCCAAGACCCUGUGCCACAUGCUUGUUGACGCUCUGCUCAUGCACUUCCCCUCCGUCUUCAAGCAGCAGUGGGCCCACUUCCCGACCCGUGACGACCUCGACGAGAUGGCGGAGGAGUUCCGCGCCAUCAAAGGAGUUCCUGCUGUAGUGGGGGCUAUAGACGGCACACACGUGCACAUGAAGGGGAUGGAGGGGCACAUGCAGGAGUACUACACGCGCAAGUCAUGCUACGCCGUCCAGCUGCAGCUCACAUGCGACGCCCGCGGAAUCAUUUGGGACUAUUUGAUCGGAUACCCGGGCAGUGCACACGAUAAGAGGGUGUUCAUGAACAGCGCGCUACACGAAAGGUUGCACAAGGACGACAUAGCGCCAUACCAAAUAGUGGGAGAUGCAGCCUACCCACUCAAGGAUUUCUUCGCUGAUUUCAAGUGGGAGCCAUGCAACCCGAACACGCAGGCGAAUCUGCGAGAAGAGCGCAAGCGGCUGGGCGAGGCUCUGGAGUCGUCUUACCUCACUCGGCGGCGCCGCGAACCCACACCUCCUCGCCCGCAUCCGGGUUAG